ACGUUUUGAGCUACCAAUAUUUAGUUCCUAACACCUUUCAAGACCUUAAAAAAAUAUAUAUAUAUAAAAUUAUUAAAUUUUAUCAACUUUUUUUACAAUAAACUCCUUUUAUUUAUCUCCUUUCAGGUAAUUCAUCGUAGAAUGCUAUCCAAUUUCCACAAAUUAAUGCGGUGCUCAGCGAGCGUAUUGCAAUCCUCUACACCCAUGGGUGGCCGCAGUAACAGCGGCGGCGGCGGCGGCAUUAGUGACGGCAGCUAUGCCGUCGUUGAUGGUAUAUCCAAAUCACUAUCCUCACCCUUUAAUAUCAACGACAACGAUCCCAAUAUUGCCACUUGUUCCGGACGUGGUGAUUGCCUAAAUGGCACUUGCCUGUGUGAGAUACGCUACGCCGGCGAUGAAUGCAGUGGCUUCAAUCUGCCUUACUAUGCGGGCAUUUCGGCUGUUUUCUAUUUUGUAGCACUGGUUUCUCUUGUGCAACUUUUCAUUUGCAUAUUUGCCGAAUAUCAACGUUUGAAACAGCCAUCAGUUUUGCGUGCCUGUCGGCUGACAACACAAAAAGUCUUAUACUUCAUGGUAUUCGUGGCGGCAUCCCUAAGAGGCGCUUAUUUUACAACACCGUUGGAUUUACAGCCACAAUGGGCGAUUACACUUAUGUCGGCGUAUUAUCCGAUGUUAAUGACCUGCGCAUCGCUUAUUGUUUGCAUGUGGGCUGAGAUUUUCCAUUUACGCGAUAUCCGUUGGGAGCGGUCACAAUUUCUAUCGAAGAGUUUCCUCGGCUUUGUUGCGUUUAACUUAUUCCUCUACAGCUUAUUUGGCGUUGAAGUAUUCUCAUCGCUGAUCACUGCCGAUCGGCAGAAUUAUGCGCACAUUUUCAACGGCUGUUAUGCAGUGCUGCUACUCAUUGUAGUUAUUUUCUUUUUGAUCUAUGGCGUCGAAGUGUAUUUCAAGUUGCGUGGCGGCUUUGUUUAUGAUCAGACAGGCAAAAUACUCGGUCCCAGUGAAGCGAUCGUAAAUGCAUCACAGCUACAUCAGUCGCGUUUGGGUCUAUUAUCGCAAGCGAUUAUGUUAAUCGUUAUUGUGGGCUUCCUCACAUCAGAGACAUUAGGUGAUUUCUGGAAAACAAAAGUGCCAGUGUACUCACGCAAUUGGCAUGACAUUGUCUUCCGUAUUGUGGAGAUGGGUGUUGCUGUUUGGUUCCCCUGUUGCCUGUGGAAUUCGAUGGCACCCGAGCAGCUUUGGAUUUUGAAUCCACGCAAAUUGCUCUCACGUCAAAUCGAUCCUUCCAUACCGACUACAUCGGCUGAAACUAAGAGCCUCUCACCGGAGGAAGGUCAAUCAUUUUUGACGAAAAAAGACUGCUGGAUUUGUUAUGAUAAUGACAAACCUGAACCGCUUAUACAACCAUGUCGUUGUACUGGCGAUGUUAGCUCGGUGCACCAUGAGUGUCUCAAACGGUGGCUGGUGGAGAGUUGCAGCUCAACAGAUGCGCAGCUAUCGUGCAAAGUUUGUGGCUUCCCCUACGAAAUUGAGAAGAGUAAAAAACUCGACUGGGAGAAGGGUUUCAACAUGCAGCACUGGUCCAAGACAAUCAUACUGAUGACAUUGAUGUGUGUUGCCGGCGCUAGCGCUUGGGUUGUCAUCCAACUGUACGUAGAUCCGCUGAUACGUGUACUAACAGUCGGUAUCGCCGUACUCAUCGGCUAUGUGUGCAUCAAGUGUCUGGGAGAAAACACUGUGGUGGCAUAUCAGCGCGCCAAAGUAAGCUCCAUCAAUAUAGUGACAAAAUCGGAAAUGGAAAAGUUACACACCAUAUGUGAAGAUGUUGGCGAGCGACCAACAACAACGGCAGCGGCUGUGGCCGCUACUUCAACAGCUUCGUCAUCUGCAUCAGCAUCAACACCGACGAUGAGCACAACUGUGCAAUGAUUAUGACCACCAAAUGAGUACAACAGCAGCAGCAGCAGCAGUAUUGUUGAGUCAGAAAAUGUGCGUUUGUUAGACACGGAUGAUGCGGGGCAUGAGCAGCAACAGCAGCAGCAAUUGAUAGAAAUUGAGCAAUUGAAAGAGGUAGAAGUGUCGUUAGUAGUAGCAGCCGCGCCGCAAAUAGCACCACCGAAAACGAUUCUUAGUUUUGCUAAUAUUGCGGAGAAGAAAUAACGAAUCAACUACUAACUGACUAAUUAUCAAGUUGUAGAGUAACUACGACACGACCGCGACGACGAGCAAUUACUAUAGCGCGUAAGACAAAAUGGCGAAAACAAAUUACCAAACACAAGGACAAUAGCAGCUGUGCUAAAAACUUAAAUAGCUAUGAUUUUACACACACAUAUACAUGUAAACAGCUGCAUAUUGCUGCAACAAUUAAGAAUAUAUUAAUUUAUAUACCUAUACUUUAUAAAAAAACAAAUAAUAAUAAUUGUAGUAAACAACAUUUCUCGUUUGGUUCAAGUUUCAUUAACAAACAAACACAUGCUACUUACAGACAUACAUACCUUCAUGCAUAUGCACAUACAUACAUCAUACUUGUAAAUACUAUUAAAAAUGAGAAAUUUCCUAUUUGUUAUGCUUUCACACAACCAAUUUUAUUUCGGUUUCUUUACUUGGAAAAAUUCAUCAACUUUGUGCUAGAAUUUCCGGGCGUUUUGUACACGUUUAACAUUUACAGCGGAUUCUUAAAUUUUAAGUCUUUUGAUAGCCGCAAAGAAUUUGUAAUUAAUUAAAUCAAUUUUUUUUUUUUUUUUGUAAAAUUAUUUCCCAAAUUUAAAUAAUUAAAACUUAAGUUUACAAACGAUGUUUAAAUUCAAGCGUUUGUAUUUAAAUUAAAAGCGUAUAACGUUAUGAUGUAUUUGUCUAAUUUACAUACACAAAUUAAUAAAAAAAAAAAAAUCAUAACUACGUAUGCAGUACGUCUAUAAUUUCAUCAGCUACAUAUACAAGCUUGGUCAAUACCAACAAUACAAAAAUCAACCGUCAGUAUCAUUGCAAUUGAGAUUAAAAGAAUGCACUGUAAUAAUAAUUAAGAAAAAUAUGAAGUAAAUAUAAAAGGCUAUUCGUGGUAUAAACUUGUUUAGUGCAAACGAUAUAUAUGUAAUAAAAAAG